AUGAGCUUCCAGGACACUGAGGUGGGCGGGACCAUACUAAACGCAAACAUGGCGGCGUCCUUAGAUGAUGAUUUUGAGUCUGAUAACCAGGAUUACUACUCUCUGCUCAACGUCAGGAAAGAGGCUACAUUGGAGGAGCUAAAGGCGUCAUAUCGGAGGCUGUGUAUGCUCUACCAUCCUGACAAACAUCGAGACCCAGAGCUGAAAAGCCAGGCUGAGCAGCUUUUUAACCAGGUGCAUCAGGCAUAUGAAGUGCUGGGUGAUGCUCACUCCAGAGCCAUCUAUGACCUCUUUGGCAAGAAAGGGUUGGAGGUGGAAGGCUGGGAGGUGGUGGAGAGGAAGAGAACUCCAGCAGAAAUUCGAGAGGAGUAUGAAAGGCUGCAGAGAGAAAGAGAAGAGAGAAGACUGCAACAAAGAACCAACCCCAAGGGUACCAUCAGCGUGGGUGUGGAUGCAACAGACCUGUUUGACCGCUAUGAUGAGGACUUUGAAGAGAUGCCAGGAGGAGGAUUUCCUCAUAUUGAAAUCAACAAGAUGCAUAUUUCCCAGUCCAUAGAGGCUCCUUUGACGAACACUGACACAGCAGUGCUGUCUGGUUCACUCUCCACACACAAUGGGACCGGAGGGGGCAACAUUAACAUGACCGUCCGAAGGGUUACGUCGGCAAAGGGCUGGGGAGAGUUGGAGUUGGGAGCUGGGGACAUACUUGGACCUCUUAUCGGAUUGAAGGUGUUUCGCAACAUCACCCAACGGUGUUUCUUGACAGCCCAGUGCGGUCUGCAGUUCUCUCCUCGAGGUUUGCGACCCACCUGUUCUAUGAUGACAGCACGUCACCUGGACCAGAACACCAUGGGUUACCUGCAGUGGCGCUGGGGGCCCAGCAGCGCCAUGACGACCAGCCUGGUGCGGGACACAAAGAGCAGCCACUUCACUCUGGCUCUGCAGUUGGCGAUGCCUCACUCCUACCUGAUGAUGAGCUACCAGUACAAGUUUCAGGAUGAAGACCAGACUAAAGUCAAAGGCUCUGUGAAGACAGGCUGGUUUGGUACUGUGGUGGAAUAUGGAGCAGAGAGGAAGAUCAGCCGACACAGUGUCCUGUCAGCCACUGUCAGCAUCGGGGUCCCUCAGGGGGUCACGCUCAAGAUCAAGUUGGCACGUGCCAGUCAGACAUACCUGUUUCCAAUCCACCUCACAGAUCAGCUGCUGCCUAGCGCUGUCUUCUACGCCACCGUUGGGCCCCUGCUUUUCUACAUGGUCGUCCACAGACUGGUCGUCAUCCCAUAUACACAAGCACAGAAAGAGCAAGAUUUGGAGCUGCAGAGGAAGAGCUCGGCAGUAGACAUUGCCAAGAAGAAGACCGAGGCAGAGUCUGCUGUUCUGCUGAUGCAGGAGUCUGUGAGGAGAAUCAUAGAAGCGGAAGAAUCCAAGAUGGGUCUGAUCAUCCUGAAUGCGUGGUAUGGAAAGUUUGUGACGGACACCAGCCAGAAGCAGGAGAAAGCAAAGGUCAUCGACGUCACCGUGCCUCUGCAGUGCCUGGUCAAGGACUCCAAACUCAUCCUAACAGAGGCCUCUAAGGCUGGGUUGCCGGGCUUCUUCGACCCCUGUGUGGGAGAGGAUAAGAGUCUUAAGUUACUGUACCAGUUCCGAGGCGUCAUGCACCAAGUCAUCUGCGCCGACACCGAGGCACUACGGAUACCCAAGCAAUCUCACAGACUCGAGCCUGAGUCCUCCUAGGAGCCCACUACUGUUGCAGCACCAGAGGGCGAAACGCAGAUCAAACAGACUGUGUGUCAACAGAAAAAACGAGGGGACAAAUCAACAAUAAGUCUGUUACUCUCCUCUGGUCCUCUUCUGUCAUGGUAUUUAGUGAAUCUGUUUAUCCAGUUCCUCCACUCGUCCCUCUCCUCUGAGGUUCAGCAGAAUACACGAGGCAGCUCACAGUGUGUGUGUCUCUGAGUCAAAUAUCUGACAGCUGCAGGAGAUCAGACACUGGCCCUGAACAUAGUUUUAUAUAUAAGUAAAUAUAUAUACAUAUAUGCACUACACAGAGGGACUGAUGGUCACUGCGGAUGUGGUGACCAUUCCUGUCCAAGAUGAGCUAAAAGUGCACAUACAUUUAAAGAAGUGUAUUGAAUUCUUUUUAUGUCAAGUAUAUAGAAAUGAGCCGUAAUGUAAUUUGACCCCAUAUCAUUGUCGUCUUAGUCCUGUAUGUGUAUCACCCGGGUAGGUUAAUCUAUUCAUGUUAUAACAUACCAGUCGUUUCAUUAACUCGAGCAAAUGUCUCUAAAAUGCAGAAUCAUGUCUCUGCGUAACUCGUGUUUUGGUUCACUUUAUUGAAAUGUCCCUACUUCAUUUAUUUUGCCUUUGAGUGACAUGUCUGCUGCUCAGGUGAAAACUGGUGCUCAAAACUUAUAUCUGUGAAGGUCGGAUAUGGAAGUUGGAGGAGGAAAAGUGAGAGAGAUGCCCUUUGAUGGUAGUGGUCCAACCCAGGCUUAUAUCUUUCAUACUGAAUUUUUAAUAAUUCAGGCAAGACUGCAUUUUUAAAGCAGAAGUUCCCCUUCGAUUUGAUUUGCGUCAGUGUUUAUUGAUUGUUGCUCUGCAGCUGCAGCCCAAUGAUUUUUUAUAAAUGAAGGUUGGGUGUGUACUUCACUUCUACUUCCAGCCCUAAGCCCCUGAUAACAGUAACUACUGGUACGCAUUUCUCAUAUUUAGGCCUAUGUAGAUAUGAUUAAAGCUGUUUGGCGUAGGUCAACACUUUCCCUUCCUGGAGGUUGUGUUUUUCACUGUGACAGGCAAUAACUUGAGCUGACAGGAGCCACACUAAAACCCUCGUACUGAUCAUGGAACAUUAACAUGGCUGCAUUUAUUUGUUGGAUUGUGUGUUUGUACACCAGACCGGUGCCAUAUAUUUGUAUUUGUUGUUCUGUCCCUCUUUUUUAUUUUUUAUUUAAAAAUUGAAUUCAUCUGCUAUUGCCAUGUCCCUUCUUAUACAUGUAUAAGAUGCUAAACCAUGCUCAUCACUUAGGGGAUAAUCAACACACUAACAUACCAUUAAUGUAGCUAUUUUACUUAGGUGAGGUUGAUAUGGAUAGACCUAAUAUCAUAUGAUGCACUUUCUGUUCAGAUCGGUUGCAGUUUGAAAUUGUGGAUUGAAACUGUUACUACAAAGGGAAUAGCGUAAGUAAAAUGAUUGCUCCAUUUUGUUGGGAGACACCGUCAUGGGCUACGGUGAAUCCCUGAAAACACGAUCAAAAAUAGUAUUAUAUUGACCUAAAAUGUAUUUAUUUUCUUUGCACAAAAAGUACAUAUUAGAGGCUUGUCAUGACAGUGGAGCUGAAGCCUCUAAAUUAAGUUGCAUACUUUUACUGAGUUUACAUCUAAGAAGUUAUGACAAGUCCUGUUUAUUUUAUAUUGUGCAUUUGUUCCAUUGCUGCAAUUGACUCACAAGACGAGGGGGUGUGUAGGCUCAAAAAUAAAAACAGGUAGCAUUACGAUGUAUACGUUUUUGUUAUUGGUUGAAAGGAUGUGUCUCUACAGUCAGAUCCAUAGCAGUCUUGUGUCACUAUUACAGCAGCCAUUUUGCACUUGACUGUUUGUAGCAUUUGUCUUCUCUCGUUAGUUUUAAGUGUGCUGUAAAGUGUUUUGACAGGUCAGCUGGUCACCUCUGCUCCAGUGCCGUCAUGAGGCGCCAUGAGGUCAGCAGAAAGACGGCUUCCCUGCUGUUACACUCAUCAAACUGACCCACAUUAGUAUGUAAAUAUGCUGUAUGGUUGAGGAGCCUGUGUUCUCUGUCCUGUAAAAACUACAAUAAAUAUGAAGCGAUCAGA